AUGGCAGCACCGGGCCAGAACCCUCGCAAUCCUUUUCACAACUACCCGCACCCACAGCAGCCUCAGUACCAGCAGCCCAUUCAACAGCCCUACCAGCAAGCCCGGUCGGAAUAUGACGCAGAGUCAGAGCUGGGCGAUCAUUAUAGCAACAGCGUAAACGGUAGCACUACCCGUCUCGCUGGUAGCCCGGGCUACUAUGAUCAAUCUGACUCAGACGUCUAUGGCCGGCGAUACAACCCGUCGGUGGACUCACACAGCAGCAUUCCGAGUAUCUCUCCAUUUGCUGACCCCGGCGUGGGCUCGUCAGAGCCUUAUCCGGCUUGGUCGGCAGAACGCCAGAUACCAAUGUCCGCAGAAGAGAUAGAGGAUAUUUUCUUGGACCUUACGCAGAAAUUUGGAUUCCAACGGGACUCGAUGCGAAACAUGUACGACUUUCUGAUGCAACUACUCGAUUCCCGCGCCUCGCGUAUGACACCGAACCAAGCCCUUCUGACAGUUCACGCUGAUUACAUCGGCGGUCAACAUGCCAACUACCGCAAGUGGUACUUCGCUGCACAACUGAAUCUGGACGACGCCGUCGGUCAAUCAAAUAACCCCGGUCUUCAACGCCUCAAAAGUGUAAAGGGUGGUGUCAAGACAGGAGGAGCGAAGUCCCUGGAUAGCGCUCUCAAUCGUUGGCGCAGUGCCAUGAAUAACAUGAGCCAUUACGACCGCAUCCGACAAUUGGCUCUAUAUCUCCUUUGCUGGGGUGAAGCUGGCAACGUUCGUUUCGUCCCCGAAUGCUUGUGUUUCAUCUUCAAAUGCGCCGACGACUACUAUCGCAGCCCUGAGUGCCAGAACAGGGUAGAGCCGGUUCGGGAGGGUCUUUAUCUCGAGAACAUCAUCAAGCCUCUGUACCGCUUCAUGCGAGACCAAGGGUACGAGGUCGUCGAUGGAAAAUUCGUGCGAAGGGAGAAGGAUCAUGCGCAAAUCAUUGGCUACGACGACAUCAAUCAGCUGUUCUGGUAUCCUGAAGGGAUCGCCCGGAUUGUUCUCAGUGACAACACGCGACUUGUUGACGCCGCACCCGCCCAGCGAUUCAUGAAACUGAUGAAAGUUGACUGGAACCGUGUUUUCUUCAAGACUUACUUUGAGAAGCGAUCAAUAGCCCACUUACUGGUCAACUUCAAUCGUAUAUGGGUUCUCCACGUCGCCGUCUUCUACUUCUACACCGCCUUCAACUCUCCGAAAGUCUACGCCCCUCGGAACAAAAACAGUCCUUCUGCACCUAUGACUUGGUCGGCGACCGCCCUUGGCGGCGCUGUCGCCACCGGAAUCAUGAUCCUCGCUACCUUGGCCGAGUUCUCGUACAUCCCCACGACAUGGAAUAAUGCCUCUCACCUCACCACUAGAUUGAUUUUCCUCCUCGUUAUCCUCGCCCUCACCGCCGGUCCGACUUUCUACAUAGCCAUGGUCGACGGCCGUCCUAAUCAGGGCAAUGUCCCUCUAAUCAUCGGCAUCGUUCAAUUCUUCAUCUCCGCAGUGGUGACAGUCGCAUUUGGUAUCAUUCCUUCUGGUCGUAUGUUUGGCGAUCGUGUUCGUGGAAAGAACCGCAAGUUCAUGGCCAGUCAAACGUUCACCGCCUCUUACCCGACAUUACCUGGAACGGCGCGCAGUGCUUCGAUCGGCAUUUGGUUGCUCAUCUUCACUUGCAAGUUCGUGGAGUCAUACUUCUUCUUAACGUCCUCCUUCAGCAGUCCAAUCGCUGUCAUGGCUAGGACGAAGGUUCAGGGCUGCAGCGAUAAGUUCUUUGGUUCGGCCCUCUGCAGCAAUCAGGUCCCAUUCGCCCUCGCCAUCAUGUAUGUGAUGGACUUGAUCCUCUUCUUCUUGGACACGUACCUGUGGUACAUCAUCUGGAUUGUCGUAUUCAGUAUUGGUCGUUCAUUCUCCCUGGGCCUGUCGAUCUGGACGCCUUGGAAAGACAUCUACACUCGGCUGCCGAAGAGAAUUUAUGCCAAGCUCUUGGCUACGGCGGAGAUGGAGGUUAAGUAUAAGCCAAAGGUCUUGGUUUCACAAAUAUGGAACGCCGUUAUCAUCUCGAUGUACAGGGAGCACCUCCUGUCGAUCGACAAUGUCCAGCGACUGCUUUACCACCAAGUCGACAGCCCGGACGGACGUAGGACGCUUCGAGCACCCCCCUUCUUCACCAACCAGGAAGGUGGCAACUUCUUCCCUUCGGGAGGUGAAGCGGAACGACGGAUAUCAUUCUUCGCUUCUUCUUUGACUACGGCACUCCCCGAGCCCCUUCCCGUUGACGCGAUGCCCACUUUCACGGUCCUGGUGCCUCAUUACUCUGAAAAGAUCCUGUUGAGUCUCAGAGAGAUUAUUCGUGAGGAGGACCAAAACACCCGUGUUACCCUACUCGAAUAUCUGAAGCAGCUUCACCCCGUCGAAUGGGAUAACUUUGUCAAGGAUACGAAGAUUUUGGCUGAGGAGAGUGAAGGGAUGGACGGCGCGACUAGCACGAAUAUUGAGAAGAAGACCGACGACCUUCCGUUCUACUGCAUCGGUUUCAAGACCUCGUCUCCCGAAUACACACUUCGCACGCGUAUUUGGGCGUCUCUCCGAGCUCAGACUCUUUACCGAACCGUCUCCGGGAUGAUGAACUACUCGAAGGCAAUCAAGCUCCUUUACCGUGUCGAGAACCCUGAUAUCGUUCAGACAUUUGGCGGCAACACUGAGCGUCUGGAACGUGAACUAGAAAGAAUGGCACGACGGAAGUUCAAGUUCGCCAUCUCCAUGCAACGUUUCUCAAAGUUCAACAAGGAUGAGCAAGAGAAUGCCGAAUUCCUGCUUCGCGCGUAUCCCGACCUGCAGAUUGCCUACCUUGACGAGGAACCUGGACCAAAGGGUGGAGAGGCAAGGUUGUUCUCUACCUUGAUCGACGGACACUCAGAGAUCGAUGAGAAGACCGGCAAGCGAAAGCCGAAGUUCCGCAUCGAACUUCCAGGUAACCCAAUUCUCGGUGACGGGAAGUCAGACAACCAGAACCAUGCGAUUGUCUUCUAUCGCGGUGAAUAUCUCCAGCUCAUCGACGCCAACCAGGACAACUACUUAGAGGAAUGCUUGAAGAUCCGCAAUAUUCUUGGCGAGUUCGAAGAAUACUCAUGCUCCAGUCAAAGCCCGUAUGCGCAGUGGGGACACAAGGAAUUCUCGAAGUCCCCGGUUGCCAUCGUGGGUACGAGAGAGUACAUUUUCUCGGAGAACAUUGGUGUACUGGGUGAUAUCGCUGCUGGCAAGGAACAGACGUUCGGUACUAUGACGGCUCGUGCAUUGGCGUGGAUUGGUGGCAAGCUGCAUUACGGCCAUCCUGAUUUCCUUAACGCGACGUUCAUGACAACACGAGGUGGAGUUUCCAAGGCUCAGAAAGGUCUCCAUCUGAACGAGGAUAUUUUCGCCGGUAUGAAUGCCUUUGGUCGCGGUGGUCGCAUCAAACACUCGGAAUACUAUCAGUGCGGCAAAGGUCGAGAUUUGGGUUUCGGUACAAUUCUGAACUUCCAGACCAAGAUCGGAACUGGUAUGGGUGAACAGAUGUUGAGUCGAGAGUACUACUAUUUGGGCACGCAACUCCCCAUCGAUCGAUUCCUCACGUUCUACUACGGUCAUCCUGGUUUCCACAUCAACAAUAUCUUGGUGAUUUACUCCAUCCAGAUUUUCAUGUUGACGCUGCUUUACCUCGGAACUCUCAACAAGCAGCUGGCCAUCUGUCGAGUCGACUCAUCCGGGAACGUGAUUGGAGGCCAACCCGGGUGCUACAACUUGGUGCCAGUGUUUGACUGGAUCAGGCGUUGUAUUGUGUCUAUCUUCUUGGUGUUCUUCGUUGCCUUCUUACCUCUUUUCCUACAAGAGCUGGUGGAACGAGGAACGGGCAAGGCGCUUCUUCGUCUAGGGAAGCAUUUCCUAUCACUAUCUCCCAUCUUCGAGGUGUUCUCCACGCAGAUAUACUCCCAGUCCAUUCUGAGCAAUUUGACAUUCGGUGGCGCACGUUACAUCGCUACUGGUCGUGGCUUUGCCACUACUCGUAUCAACUUCAGCAUCCUGUACUCCCGGUUCGCUGGUCCUAGUAUCUACAUGGGCAUGAGGAACUUGCUGUUGUUGCUUUAUGCCACCAUGUCACUCUGGAUGCCGCAUUUGAUCUACUUCUGGGCUUCCGUCCUCUCCCUGUGCAUCGCGCCAUUCGUAUUCAACCCUCAUCAGUUCUCCUUUGCCGACUUCAUUAUCGACUACCGGGAGUAUCUCCGUUGGAUGUCGCGCGGUAACUCGCGGACGAAGGCCAGCAGUUGGUACGGGUACUGUCGACUCUCAAGGACUAUGAUCACUGGUUACAAAAAGAAGAAACUUGGACAUCCCUCUGAGAAGCUUUCGGGCGACGUACCGCGGGCUACCUGGCGCAGUGUUAUCUUCUCCGAAGUCGUCUUCCCCGUCUGCGUUGCUAUCGUCUUUGUGGUCGCGUAUAUGUUCGUCAAGUCAUUCCCAGACGCAAACGGAGACCUACCUCCAAGUCCCCUCAUCCGAAUUGCCGUCAUUGCCAUUGGUCCAGUUGUUUGGAACGCGGCCGUCCUGAUGGCCCUUUUCUUCAUCGCGCUAUUCUUGGGACCUAUGAUGGAUUCUUGGAUCAAGUUUGGUUCAGUCAUGGCUGCCAUCGCCCACGUUCUUGGGCUUGUUGGCUUAGUGGCCUUCUUUGAGUUCUUCUGGUUCCUUGAGCUUUGGGACGCGUCUCACGCCGUGCUGGGUGUUAUUUGUGUAGUCGCCAUCCAGCGUGCCAUCCAGAAAUUCCUCAUCUCCGUCGUUCUCACCCGUGAGUACAAACAUGACGAGACGAACCGAGCGUGGUGGACUGGAAAGUGGUAUGGUCGUGGCUUGGGCAAUUCCGCAAUGUCGCAGCCUGCUCGAGAAUUCAUCGUCAAAAUCGUAGAAAUGUCUCUCUGGACUUCAGACUUCUUGAUUGGCCACAUCCUCUUGAUUAUCCUGACACCCCCGAUCUUGAUUCCGUACUUCAAUCGAUUGCACUCGACAAUGCUUUUCUGGCUUCGACCGUCAAAGCAAAUUCGGGCACCCCUCUUCUCGACGAAGCAGAAGCGAACGCGACGAUGGAUAGUCAUCAAAUAUACGUUUGUUUAUAUGGUCGUCGUGUCAUGCAUAGCAGCGCUGAUUGUUUUGCCUGCACUCUUCCGCGAUCGGAUCACAUUUGAAUGCUCUAUCUGCAAAAGCAUCUAA